AUGUUUCGGACGAACCAUGGGCGUAGCGAAGCAAUGCAGCAGCUUCGCUCUGCUGGUAUGUCGAGGGACGGCCCGCUCGACGACGAUGACUACACUGCUGAUGUCGAGGAGGUCUGGCGGAACUUCACGGACGAGGACGACGCCACUGAGCUGUGCAGGCUGAGCAGCCCGCAGAACGAGGAGGAGGAGGAGGAGUGGAAGGACCAGGACGAGGCAGGGGAGAGGAAUGAGGUGGUUGCCUCGAGCUUUAAAAAAGAAUACCUACUCAAACGUAUUUUGUCAAGCACACAUAUGCAGGCAUCAGGGGACGACGAAAUGCGAGAAGAGGGAACAACAUACACCCAAGAUGCUUCUCCCGUGGGUAGGAGGUGCAAUUUUGGUGGGUCUCCAGUACACACCCAUGCGGCCACUACUGGUGGCACACCACUUGACGUGGACGAUGGUGUGUCGUUCGACGAGCCUGCACACAUCGAAAAUGACACUUCAACACCACUGUCAAAGGAGCCAGCGGAUUUCAAGGUGAAUGCAACGACGCAGGUGUUCUCUGCUGCGAAUGCGCUGCUCACUCCUCGAGUCGUCAGAGCCCAACAGAUGUCUGCAGCCCCGAAGCUCCCGCGUGUCGAGUUGCAGGUGAGCGCGCAGACGUAUGUGCAAGUACGCCCCAAUGCACAGGGACGUUUGUGUUUGCACCGUGUCACGGAGGUAAGCUCCCUGCGUUGCACUGGGCCGUGCACCGCCGGAAUGUCGGUUUGCUCUCCGCCCUGCGCUCCCAACACAGACGACCCGCUAACGGUUUGA